UUGAAAUCAUGGGAAGACUAUUUGCCUCAUUGUGAAUUUGCAUACAAUCAUGCUGUGCAUUCUACUUCUAAGUUUUCUCCUUUUGAAAUUGUUUAUGGGUUCAAUCCCAACUCUCCUUUGGAUUUAAUCCCUUUACCUGAGUGUGAAAGGGUCAGCUUUGAUGGCAAAAAGAAGGCAGAGAUGGUGAAGCAACUCCACGAGCAGGCUAGGCUCAACAUUGAGGCGAAAACCAAACAGUAUGUUAAGCAUGCCAACAAAGGAAGGCGUGAGAUGGUCUUUGAAGUGGGUGAUCAGGUCUGGAUUCACCUAAGGAAAGAGAGGUUUCCAAAUGAAAGGAAGUCCAAGCUAAUGCCGCGGAUUGAUGGACCUUUUGAGGUCAUAAGGAAGAUCAGCGACAAUGCCUACAAGCUGGAUUUGCGAGGUAAGUAUGAUGUGAGUAAUAGCUUCAAUGUUACUGACUUGAUUCCUUUUAUUGCAGAUGAGCCAGAUUUGAGGACAAAUCCUUUUCAAGUGGGAGGGGAUGAUAUGAUCAUGGACCAGCUAGUUGAUAAAGAUGGAGAAGGAGAGACUGAAGAUACACUAGCUGAAGAAGAAGAUGUCCUAGCCAUUCCCACAGGUCCCAUAACUCGUGCAAUGACAAGAAGACUCAAGGAAGCUGAUCUAUCCCGAUCCAUCCAGAGACGCAUCCUAGGAGUUCAUCACAAAGUCUCUUAA